GCGUGAAGAAAGAAAUCCAGGGGAUUUUGAAAAAAAAUGUAUGUGACGAGGCCUCUUUCUCAGUUGCUAAAAUCUCCGGAAUCUCUUGCAAGACCACCUGAGCAUCCAAAUUCUGGAUUCCUAGUAAUCCAGGACGAAGAAUAUGAGAAAUAUUCAUGUCUGGGGUGCUCCGAGAACACGAUCCUUAAACACUACUUGCCUUUUCCUCAGGACAAGGAGUUGACUGUGCAAUAUACAACAGGCUCAGCGGACAUUGCUGUUACUCCAGUUUUCUUAAUUCCUGUUCUCAAUCAUCCCUCGUCUCCAAACCGCUACUACCUACUGUCCCACGUGGAAUGUGCACAAAGGGAAGAAGACAAGGCACCUGCUGUUUCUGUCACUAGUUAGAGACGUAAGACCAAGGCCGUUAGACCCGCACAACAUG